GGGCUAAGCAUGUUGAUUCUAUGGGCAUUGCUAGAGAGGUUUGUUCGAAAGGGGUGCAACCAGAGAAUUCUGAUGGGGGAGAAUCUGAACAAAACAUGAAGCCCAAGUCACUCUUCGAACUUAUGUCCUUGGGACCGACCACAUGGACACGAAUGAGCUUUUGUAUAUGCGGAAGGAGGCUUCAAACUUCCUUGCAACGC